UGUUGUUUAGGAGUAGGUCGUGUGGUGUUUUUUAGCAUCAUUUAGCCGUGGAGAGUCUGUGACCGUGUCCGUGUGAUGUGUUGGACGAGUGAAAGUCGAAGGUCUUCACGGUCCGCCGUCUACUGCCGCCUGUGACAAAAACCUGGGCCGUGCUUUCCACGUACGCGCGACUCGCCGUGACAUGUUAGGCAUCCUUCGUGCGGCUUCCAAAGCCUCGGCGAAAACACCGCGCGAUGACCAACCUACUACGAGCGCCGUUUAGGACUACGCUGACAUCAAUCAUCCCGUGGUCGCACUGAGCUACGAGCCCGUUCCGAUGACGCCACGGAUUUGAUCGCCGAUCACUUGGCUUCCGUGUUUUCCCCCGUCAUUCCCAAACCCGGUGUUUCAGCUCCGUGCCAAGAUGGUGCAAAAGUACCAGUCUCCCGUGCGCGUCUACAAGUAUCCGUUCGAGCUUGUAAUGGCGGCUUACGAGCGGCGCUUCCCAACAUGCCCGAUGAUUCCAGUGUUUUUGGGCAACACGGUCUCGGAGUACAAGAGUGAAGAUGGCGCAGAGCACGUUAUCGAACGCCGGUGCCGCCUCAACGUUGAUGCACCAUAUCUAUUGAAGAAGAUCAUAGGAGUGGACUUUGUGUACUUUAUACAAAAGAACUCCCUAGAUCGGCGGCAGCGAAUACUUAAAAUUGAAGCUUACAACGAGAGCUUUUCGGCACGAGUUGGCAUCAAAGAAAACUGCACUUAUUCGGUGCACCCAGAGAACCCGGACUGGACCUGCUUUGAGCAGAGUGCCUCUCUCGAUGUCAAGUCCUUCUUUGGGUUUGAGAGUGCGGUUGAGAAGCUGGCCAUGAAGCAGUACUCCCACAACAUCUCCAAGGGAAAAGAGAUCAUUGAGUACUACAUCAAUGAGCUCUUGAAGGAGAACAUCACGUACAUUCCUCCGUUCGAAGACAAGCCCGGCACCGAAGGCAGCGGCGAUGUCAAGGCUCCUGCCCUGCGCGAAAGCAUGCGCAAAAAGUCACUCGGUGAGAAGGUCACUUCGCCGUCGGGAGCCUCCGAGUCCCUCGCUGCACAAGAUGCAAACUUCAAGCUGGAGUCUGAGUACAUUGAGCGGUGCUUGGGUUCGCUCACUCCGUACCAGGAAUCCUGUCUGGUCAUGCUCAAGAAGUGGAUCACUGAAGCGCACCAAGGAAAAGUGCCAAGCGACCAGAUGCUGGUGAGAUUCCUUCAGGCUCAGGACUUCAACCUGGAGAAAGCUCGCGAGAUGCUUUGCCAGUCCCUGGUGUGGCGCAAGAAGUACCAGGUGGACCGCAUCCUCAGCACCUACGACCUCCCAACUGUGGUGCGCGAGUAUUUCCCGGGCGGCUGGCAUCAUCACGACAAGGACGGCCGCCCCAUGUACAUCCUCCGCCUGGGGCAGGUUGACAUGAAGGGCUUCAUCAAGUCCAUCGGCGAGCAGGGUCUGGUUAAACUCACGCUCCACCUCUGCGAGGAAGGCCUCAAGCGCACGGAGGAGGCCACCCACAAGGCGGGCAAGCCCAUAAGCGCCUGGACCUGCUUGCUCGACCUCGAGGGACUCAACAUGCGCCACCUGUGGCGUCCCGGCAUGCGAGCCCUGCUCCACAUCAUUGAGAUGGUGGAGUCCAACUACCCGGAGACCAUGGGCCGCUGCCUGGUGGUGCGAGCUCCGCGGGUGUUCCCAAUCCUCUGGGCCCUGGUGGGAACCUUCAUCAACGACAACACGCGCUCCAAGUUCACCUUCUUCGCCGACACCGGACCCACCGCUCCUCCGGGGCUGGCUGAGUUCGUUGACCCAUCUUACCUGCCUGACUUCCUGGGUGGCCCUUGUCAGACAUCGAUCCCUGACGGAGGGCUCAUCCCGAAGACGUUCUACAUGUCGGAGGAGGACUACGAACGAGAGAAGGCUGAUGGCAUGCACCUCUUUGAUGACACCAUGUACCACUCGGUCAGCCUGGCACGAGGACAGGUUCACGAGGUGGUGAUAAACGUGGCGGAUCAAGGCAGUGUCAUUUGUUGGGACUUCGACAUAAUGAAGGAAGACGUGUCGUUCACCGUGUUGCACACGACUCGUGAGCUUCCCCCGCCCAAGACGACCUCUGCCGAAUCUGCGGAGGGCGACACUGACGCCGACGAGGAGACCGUCGGGUGCACCCAUUCUCCUCUGCCGCUGACCAUGUUGACGCUCGACACACCGCCGUCUGUGGUGCCAAAAGGCUGGGUGGCCGGAGUGGACUACAAGACUGUCGAGCCAUGCCUCACGUGCCACGAUGGCGAGAGUGUGCAGGGCUCCCACGUGACCAAUGCAUCGGGCACGUACAUCCUCCAGUGGCGACACAUGGAGGGACCCCAGCACCACCCGUUCGAGUUUCCUCUGGCACCACACAAGGCCAAGGUGAUGUACUACUAUGAAGUCCUCAAGUCACAGGACUACAAGGGUUCCGUAUCCAGCCUGCAGUCUUCGCACAGCGGCAACACGUGCAACUCGUCGAGCGACCACUCCUCCGCGCAGAGCUCGUGCCCGUCCAGGUGAUGCCAGUGAUGUCGGGACCAUCUGCUCCUGCAAGUCCUGGCACAGUCUAAGGGGAGGUGACAGUCGGUCACGCCCAAGAACAUUUUGCCCCUUGUACGAGGGAAGGUGCCGAUGUCGUCUUCGAACGACUACGGCAGCCAGUGCGUAGUUUGUGCACGCGACAUGCCUGGUGCUGUUUUAUGCGAAUCGAGGGCAUGAAUUAUUUCACGUUGGUCCCGCCCUAGGCAGUACGAUAAACCCCGUACCGUUAAGCGCACAGGCCCGUAGGAGUGACCCGCCCUAUUUUUCUAGCGUGUCCAUUUUAUUAGAGUCUUUCCCCGAGCAGAGCCUCUAGAUUUGUACGAGUCACGCUAGACGUGGCACGCACUCGUGCCGUAGUCGUAUUUUACCCGUAUUCGUGAUUUUUCGUCCCGGCCCGUCUUGUCUAACGUACUUGUAAUAACAUUUCAUUAAAUCGGUGACCUCCGUUUUUAAGCGUAAUCCUCGUCGAGACAUGGUUUUACGGCCUGAGUGAAACGGUGCUCAGAAAUUACGGCAGUGGCCCGUAAGAAAAAACAGCACAACGCAGUGAGCUGUGUUUGAUGACGUUGACGUCAACAUUGCCAGCUGGAAGAUUUCAGCACUAUCACCAUCACUUGGCCCAUGCCUUGACCAUGCCUCGGUACUGUUGUUUGUGAAAGGUGUUGUUAGGGUCUUGCGAAGCACAUUCCAAGAGCAGAGUUAAAAAAACAAAAAGAGACAGGGCCAAAUAUUUUUUUCCACUUUAUGGAUGUGAUGGGGUAACAGGAUUUAUCUUUCCAAGGUUUGCAUUGUCCACAGCAGAGAUGCCAUGACAAUGUCGUUGUCUAUCAAAGUAUUUUAUAUGCCGUGCUGUAAACAUCCUGCUUAGCGAAUAUCGUGCGCAAUAUGGCAGCCACCCAAGAGGCGGAAGCUUUACCUCAGACACUCGUGUCCAAACUUUCGAAGCUACUGCAUGAAAUAUACAACUAAAGUUUAGUGCUUGAUAAGAACGUAGCUCUAAUUCAAGCCCUUUCUGUGACAAGAGUUAUGUAAACUGGCUUAAAGGUUCAUGUGUUGCUCAUAAUAUAGUGUAACGACCUUAAAAUUCUGUGAACUUGCUUCAGUCAGGCAACACUGGCAUAUGAGAUUUGCUUAGUCAAGCGUCACCUUUGUAUAACUGGUGCCUUUGUGGGAGAGCUUGCAUUGUACACGAUUUGUAUGUUGUUAAUGCACCAGCGCUUGUGUAAAACUGUGCUGUCAAGUGGCAGUGUGACACUUGUGUCUUUCUCAAAAAUUGUUAUUUGUAGUGCUGGUAGUAUUUUGUUGAAACCAUUAUGAUGUGACGUUUCCUUUUAAUGGACAGCGAUGAGAUUCAAGACCAGGCCAAUGAAGAAAUAGUUUGAUCGCAAGUUUGGCUGUGCUUGAGCACAGCCGAACUGUGCAUUAGCUGGGCUUGCUGUUAUCUUGGCAUUCAGUUACUGCUUUAUUGCUUUUUACAUUUUUUUUUCUUUUUUUCAUCUUGUAACGACAUUCUGCAUAGUAUACGCUCUUCAGAGUUCAAAGUUAUACUGUAUGUGUUUAGAGUGUUUUAUGAAAAAGAACAAACGUAACUUAAAAAGUGAUCCUGAAAUGAGUGCAUUGUAAAUUACAAACUAGAAAAUACGUAUUGCAAGCACAUUCUAGGUUCCUCAUUGCAUUUUACAGCAAAGAGGCAGAAAAAUGAGCUACUGCAUGAAAAGCUCUGCACUAAAAACACUAUAUGUACUCUGCUGCACGUUAACGAAUGAAAUUUUGAAAGCAAAAAAAAAAAAAGCACAGAAAAAAUGACACAGGCGCACACAUGGACGUAACAAAUCGCUGUAAUGGGACCGAUAUGUCAAACAAGAUGUUAUUUUACUCACAGUAAUUUCGUGCUGUUAAUUCCAUCUUGGUCUGGGUCAAAUUCGUCACUGAGUUGAAUUAACUCUGCUAUAAAGCAAAAACAGUGAGAAAACAAUUUUGUGUCAGUGUGGCUUUGUAAAUGAUAGAUUUAUACUUUGAAAUGUUGUCACGUAUAAUACUAAUGCUGAGCAAAGCGUUUGUGGCAGAGGAUGGCUAUUAGUGUGAGAACCCACUCAUAAGAGAAUGCAAAUGUCUUUCUGAGAGUUAAACUGCAUUCCAACCUUCGUUAAGUUUUGUCUAACAAAGAAACGAACCCCUUGCUUUCAUUCAAACUACAUUUGCGCGAUUUCUUUCAUGGCAGCAUAGAUCAGUGAGCCACGCUGGUUUAUACUAUUCCAGUCAUUAUGCGCAGUUUAAACUGUAUAAGAAUGGUACCCCUUCUCCGUCUUCCCCUGGCUGUGAGGUUCUUAGGCAAAUAAUUUUAGCUGUCUAGAUGAAUUCAGUGUCUCCCUUUAUGGAAAUUGUUGCUAAGGAUGUUUAAUAUGUCACUUGGCCAUAAAGGGAUCUGAGAAUGUCACCUCGUAUGCUUCCCUCACCGAGCAGACCUUCAAUUUCUUGUUGGGAAGUCUGAGGUAAAGCUUCGCAGCUUCCGCUAGCACAUCUUACAUUUAUACAAACAUGUGCAUGGUGGCACUCCUGGUCUUAGCAGCACAGUCAAGCCUCAAUAUAAUGAACACUGGAUAUAAGUAAAGGAUAGCCUUGCCAUUGUUACAGUGUUGCAAAUUCCAGUUUAUAACUAAUUAUCGGUUAUAACGAAGCCGUUUUCAUGUCGGACACGACUUCGUUAUAACCGGGUUUGACUGGUUCUUGUACUAGCUCUUAGUGCAUGUCUAGUAUCCCGACAGGGGAACUCGCGCAGGUUUAGUAACAGGACAGCUGAAAAAGCAUUAAGCACGCACACACCUCACUGGAAUAGUUAGGUUAAAAAUGGUUAGGUUAGAUGUUGCUGAUAUCAGUAGUGACAUGUGAGAGCGCUGCACAAUGGCAGCACAAAGGAAGACAGACCGGAGGAGGAUGCAUCCUCUUUUUGGCUUCUAGCAGUCAAACCAGAUACACGUGACUGUUUCCGACAAUGACUGGCACAAACCGUACCUUCGACCACACACUGUGCCGCCAUUUGCUUUUCGUUUGUGCGCACCGCACACUGUUGCCAUCACAGAGAUUGAAUUCUCUGCCCCUUAUGUGGUGCUAUGGCAGCAGCAUGCUAAAGCCUUUUCUGUUCAUGUCGCACUACAUAGCAUGUGCGUAACCCUGUUGUGUGGGCGAGGAUAUGUGUUAAUGGGUAACAUACUGAGUUGCUAGUAAGCGCGUUCCUUUCAUGAGCUGCCAUGUCAUUUUACAGUAACGUAAUGAGUGCUAAAGGACUCCUCUUUGUAAUAACGUUAAGCAGCAUCCGUAUUUUGUGUAGCUAGCGUUACAGUUUCACCGCUGACAAGGCAGAUGAGAUGAGGAACACCAGUGCACACAGAGAUACAGUGAUUGCCAGUAGCAUUUGCAGUCAUUAAGUCAUUAUCUGGAGCACAUGUUUCGGAUACUUCUUCAUUAUGGAUAGGGUACUGCAGUGUUGGCCAGGGUGUGCUAUGGCAGUUUGAGUACGCAGCUGAAAUAUGACAACACCCUCUGUCAUUUUCAGCGAUAGCAGACGUACAACACAUCAAGGCAUUCCCUGUGCAUGGGCUGUAACGUAGUCAGGAAACUGUCUUGGGGGGGGGGGGGGGUAACAACACCCCUGGCAAUGCAGGCCCCCCCCCCCCCCCUCCCCCCAUUGCAACUGGCAAUGCCUUUGUCCAUAGGCAUAUGCGUUCCGAGAUGCCCACUUAAGUCAGAUGCUGGCCAUAAUGGUGCAGUUGCAGUGUGCCCAACUAGAAACAUGUUCCUCGGCCUGCUGCACUGUGUAUUACAGCACUGCACUUAGCACAGUUUCAGUACUGGUUGCCCAUGGAUGGCACAGUAGCACGUCAUCGUGGCAGAUGUUGAGGUUAUCAGAAUGCUCCUAGAAUGUGUUUGUUGGGAGUAGUGCAGAGCCCUUUGCACCAACAGCUCCUCUUGUAGCAUGUUUUAUUGCCUAGCAGAAGCAGUAAUACAUUGUCGUUGCUGAGAAGUGCGUGAAUUUAUCAGUACUAAACACUGAAGAUCUGAAAAAUUAUAGUAGUUGCAAGCACAGCCUCUUCACUUGGCACAGUGUGAAAGUUCAUGACAAAGCCCAAAAUUUCAUGCAUGUCAUUCAGCAGAGCACUGAAUAUACCUGCAGCUGUUAUCUGACAUGAACUGUAAGCCGCAUUGAUAAAACUCUUUCUUCAUUGUUGAUUGAGGGCUUUCGAACUCUAUCUGAUUUGUCAUUAUGUACGAUUACUGGGUACAAAGUGAUUUAUAGGACAAAGGCACGUGUAUAUAAACAAGCAAAGGUAGGUAAAUCAAUGUGUUUUUUGUCUUGUGGCCUAACACAAGGAAUAAUUCCGCAAACUGCAUAAGUCCUGACAGUGUGCAGUCUUUGCACUUCCUUGACAGGCAGUAUAUUAGAAGGGAUCAUAAUCCUGCUUUUUUAUAAACUCCCUUCCCUUUGCAAUUUCACUUUUCUCGUUUAUGAACACUGCAAACGAUACCAGGCAGGGUAAGCAAAAAAAGAUUGCCACAAGAGAUCUGUUAAUAAAAUGAAAGAGUAAUUCUUCAGAUCCUGGAACAAUGCCGCGAAUACAGGGUUUCUAUUAGCUGCACUGGGUGGCUACAUGGUUCCUCCUGUUCCGGUGGUUAUUAGAAGGCUUUUUUCCCAUCUUUAUGCGUGCGUGCACAUUUUAGUGCCCGAUCCCACACUUGCGAGAAUAUUUCAUACCAGACUUCGCACCUGCUCGUUUUUAUCAAGCAGCUUAUCUGAUGAAACGAACGCCCGGAGUUCCGCGUUGGGUGUUCUUCCGGAUAAACCGCUGGAUCGUUUGCACUCCGAAUUCCGCGCGGAAGUGGAUGCGCUUUGAUACCAUAUCUGGGUGCUUUUCUUGAUAGUUCAGCUGCUGUGAUGGCUGACAGACAGAAAAUCUAGAGUUUGCUUGGAUGUAGCAAUGGCACUCUCCGUCAUUGUACAGGCAACAUGCAGCAUGUGUCUUGAUUAGUCAUUGAAGUGCUGUGUAAAUGUGUGGUGAAAUGAAAUGUAAAGUAUUUCUGUGCCCUACAAAGCUUUGUGUGUGCUAGCUAGCUAGCUCGUUCCUACAGUAGCUUGAGCCGCCCCCUUGCAGUAGAGACUUCGGUUUGUUUCUUCCAUUAUCCUACCGUAUGCCAAAUGCCCCAUCGGCAAAUUUAAAACUCUGCGCCUGUGCUUCCCCUUGUUCAUACUGAACACUUCAAAGCAUGCAUUGUUGUCCCCCAUCUGCAUGUUGAGUGUGCUUCAUUAUGUAAGUCUUCCACUGGUGCUAUUGUUGAGGCAGGCAGCCAAAAACCACAAGCUUCCAGGCAUCUCGAGCUACGUCCAUGCAUGUGAAACUUAGAAAGCCUUUGAGUGUAGAGCUGUGCCAGUACAUAUCCCUUGUUGUUCGUAGAUUCCUGCCCACGAGUAUGUGCAGCACCGGAAGUUGUGGUGUGUUUCUCGGUGCUUCCUCCAAAUAUUUCACCAGAGGGUGUGAGAUGCGUCUGACGACGGUGUAUCGGGCAAUCACGCAGACGGAAAGAGGGCGUGUGUUUCCCCCAGUGGAACUACUUAAGCAAUGUCCACAUUUGCAGACAGGCACAGAAGGCUGAAUUGAACUGCGAUGCACAGAAUAAGGUACUUGCUGCUUCUCAGCUGAAUGACAUCCAACAGAGAGCAGUCAAAAUGUGCACGGUUCUUGUGUUCCAGUGAUUGAAUAUUUGCCACUGUUAUUACCUCCUUUGUUGUUUGCAUCAUGCUGACAUUUUUUGCUAUUUGACUGGUCUGUGGGCAGCAAGUAUGGGCGAUGUCAAUUCGUCUUGCAUGUUGAUGACUGCUAAACUUGUAACACAUACGUAGGACGUUUUGUACAGUGUUACUGCAAAUGCGAGCAUAGAAGUCUAAUGAGCUGUUGUUGCCCACCUUUACAAGCGCCACUAAUGAGCCAGUGUGACAUUAGUAUUGCUCUGUUGCAGUUUGCUCAGACACGCUUCCAAUACUAACCUGCAUUUAGCUUUGGGAUUUCCUUUAAUCAUCUCUGCUGUAAUUGCCGAACUUGACAGACGUAGGGUCCUUUUUGCUUGUGUCUGGUUGUUGCAGGUUAGUCUUUGCUUUCUAUAAAUCUCCACUAUGUAUUUUUACCUGUGUACUUAGCUUGCUUUACCAAGUCAUUUUGCUUCUUUGUUAUUUACAAAAAAAAAUAAAAAAGAGCAGUGUGAUCAUAGCGCGAAAAAAAUUGUGAACUGAGUGCGUCAUCUGUGUUGAAAGCGGGGUGUGUUUUUCCUGACAUGUUAGAAGCGAAGUACACCUGAAAUAAAGCAUUCAGCGUAUUUUUCAAA